ACAGAGACCACUAUGAGUGGAAUCCAGUUUCAGAGGAUUGACAGCACCUCUCUGCCUCAAGGGUUGUCUUACCUAAACACACCCAAGCCUAGAGAUGGUCGUACCUAUGUCAUGUACCACGGCACCACCGGGGCCAACGCCGGCAGCAUCCGUAACAACGGUUUUCGGCGGUCUUCAAAUGGCAUGUUGGGUCCGGGGGUCUACCUCAGCAGGGACCUGGAGAAGGCCAGACGAUAUCCCAUCGACCACCCAGAUGAGGACAGGGUCAUCAUCAAAGUGAAGGUCAACGUAGGACGUGUCAUCGUCAUCAAAUACCAGAACCACCAUCUGCAGCAGACCUGGAGCUCCAACGGGUAUGACAGUGCCUGGGUGCCGCCCAACUGUGGGAUGGUGAACAGCGGGCUGGAGGAGAACUGCAUCUGGGAUCCAAGUCGAAUCCAAGUCAUUGAAAUCAUCAAACCGAAGCUUCUGCGAGCCCCUUCUCUAACCCCUUCUCUAACCCGUUCUCAAGCCUCUUCUCUAACUUCUUCUAUGAGCCACUUCUUGAGCCAUUUCUCAAGUCCCCUCUGGGGCUUUUUCUUGAGCCCCUUCUGGAGCCCAUUACCUAGCCUCUUCUCCAGCUUCUUUUAUCUAUUUUCAAGGUUAUUUCAUUUCUAAUAAUGGACACCUCGUAGGGCCUUAUCCCUUAAGUCCAUCACACUGCUAUGAUAAAAACUUUACAGUCUCUCAGUCAUGGCAAUGAAGAACGAUGAUGUGGCCUUAAAGUUGUUCCUUAACUGUGAUGUAUCACUGAUUCUGCACCUGUUUUCAAUUUUUUUUCUUUUUAUUCUUUGAUGAAUACAAUCUGCACAAAGUGUCUUUUUUAAUGAGAAUAUUUUGAAUUAUUUUGCAUUGACUAAUGAAGAUUAUUUUUCUUCCUGAUAAUGAUUAUCAUCUGGGAAAGUCAUUUGUACUGAUCGGUGCCAGAGCUCUGGGGUGUGUUCGGAUCAUUGUCGUCGGGAGGAUCUUCUGUAUCGAUCGGUGCUGGGGUCUGGAAUAUAUUCAGAUGAUCAUAGAUAAUCAUCUGUAAUGCUCUGGAUUUCUGAUGCUGGUUGGUGCGGGGAUUUCUUCUGGUGAUGAUGGUCUGAAUGUGCUUGAGCUUCUGGUAUUGAUUGAUGUGGAUGAUGUUUUCCUGAUGAUAAUCGUAUAUUUCGAUUUUUUGGUACUGAUUAAUAUAAAUGACUUGUCUGUGGAUGUUUGAAAUUUGAUUACAUCACCGAUCUUAAUGUUCAUUA